ACCGAACAAAAAUCAGCAUUCUGAAUAUAGUAGGCUUCUGUGCCAAAGUCACUGCCAGAAAAGAACACCGGACGCACUGUCACAUAGCUGGCUUGAUCGGAGUCUUGAGUACAAGAGUUUUCACUCAACAUGCCUCAGGGCGAGCACAUUGAGCUUCAUCGGAAGCGCAAUGGCUUCCGGCUCGAUUACCAUGAGAAGAAGAGGAAGAAGGAGGCCCGCAGCGUGCACAAGCGGGCUGCUUUUGCACAGAAGGCCUUGGGUCUGAAAGCAAAGAUGUACAGUAAGAAGAGGCAUGCAGAGAAGGCGACGAUGAAAAAGACGAUCGCCAUGCAUCAGCAACGGGAUAACAAGCACAAAGCAGAGGAUGGUGCCCCUCAGAGCGCUGUCCCUGCCUACCUGCUGGAACGUGAACAGGUGGAUCGCGCAAAGGUGCUCAGCAACACAAUCAAGCAGAAGAGGAAAGAGAAGGCGGGCAAGUGGGAGGUUCCUCUUCCCAAGGUGCGACCAGUGGCAGAGGACGAGAUGUUCAAGGUGCUGCACUCUGGAAAGCGGAAGAAGAAGGCCUGGAAGCGGAUGGUCACCAAGGUCACCUUUGUAGGCCCCAGCUUCACCAGAAAGCCGCCCAAGUAUGAGCGUUUCAUCAGGCCUAGCGGUCUGCGCAUGAAGAAGGCACAUGUGACGCACCCUGAGCUGAAGUGCACAUUCUGCCUCGAAAUUCUGGGCGUCAAGAAGAAUCCCAACGGCGCAUCUUACACUCAGCUUGGUGUGAUCACCAAGGGAACAGUCAUUGAGGUGAAUGUGAGCGAGCUGGGUCUUGUGACGCCUGGUGGUAAGGUCGUCUGGGGAAAGUACGCUCAGGUCACCAACAACCCAGAGAACGACGGCUGCAUCAAUGCAGUGCUGCUCGUCUAG